UUUAAUGAAAGCCAGGAAAGAACACAUUACACAGUGUUUCUUCAGAGAGCUAAGCUAGCCUCCAGUGAUUGAAAUCAAUAAAAACAGUCGGCGAGAGGCCCAAGUGGGGGGAGAACCAAAUCUCCAUUCCAGCGUUCAGUUUGCUUUCCACUUUCGCCCUUCCCUUAGAAGUUAAACUUUGAUAAACUACACAUUACUCCUUGCAGCACUCCAAAGAUUUUUUUAAAAUUAUUUUUGGUCCAGGAGCCUGGUGAGUGGACAGCCGUUUUAAGCUUUCCUCCAACUCACCCCCUCUAUUCAGUUUUACAGCAUGUAAAGCAGUGAAAGGAUUGUUUUGAACGUGAAACCUGCCGAGGAGGACACCUCUGGACAAGUGCCUAAUCUUAUGCUUGGGGUGGGGAAGACAGGAUAAAAUCUAUAGCUGAAAAAUGUUAAAAGAAACAAAAGAGGAAGUAAAACAUGGAAUUUUAUUCAGCAAAAAGCUCUCUGCCUGGAUAGCAUGUCAGCUGCUGCUGUGGCAAAUUACUGAAACUGCUGAAGAGACACCUUAAAGGGGGAUGAUCCGACUCUACAGCAGAGCAGGAAGACCUGAGAAUUCAUGUUCAGUUAAGAGUUCAGGAUCAAUCUUGGAAAAGCUGGUAACCAGCAGAGAAGACACAAACGAUAAAGUCACUAUGUGGAGCUGCGAAUCUUUCAAUGGUACCAAAAACACAGAGGGCCAGCAUCUCUGCCACGAUUUCCAUCUUGUGCUUUCCAUUUUUUCACUGCUCUACCUCAUCAUCUGUUUCCCAAUUGGCCUUUGCUAUAAUGCCCUAUUGGUGCUAGUCAACUUAUACAACAAAGCAACUAUGACCAUGCCAGAUGUUUACUUUGUCAAUAUUGCAAUUGCUGGCCUCAUCAUCAAUGCUAUCGCACCGAUGUACCUUCUAGGAUCUGCCAGUACAAAAUGGGCCAUCUGGAGUUUCAACAAUGAAGUCUAUAUUACCUUGCUUAUAUUAUUCAAUGUAUCAUCUCUGGUUAUCAUGUAUUCUACUACACUGCUCAGCUUGGACUACUACAUUGAACGUGCUUUACCAAGAACUUACAUGUCCAGUGUAUACAACACGAAGCAUGUGUGUGGAUUUAUUUGGGGAGGAGCUAUGCUAACCAGUUUUUCAUCUCUUUUGUUUUAUGUCUGCAACCAUGUGUCCACUAAAAUAAUAGAAUGUUCCAAAAUGCAGAACAAAGAAGCAGCAGAUGCCAUCAUGGUUUUUAUUGGGUAUGUUGUACCAGCCGUUGCUGUGCUGUAUGCACUUGUGUUAAUUUUGCGGAUACGUAAAGAGGCAACACCACUGGACCAAGACACUGGAAGAUUAGAUCCAUCAGUACACAAGCUUUUGAUUGCUACUGUCUGUACACAGUUCACGUUGUGGACACCCUAUUAUGUAACUCUUCUAGUAAACACAUUAACUAGUAUGCAAGGAAAAGUCACAGAUGAAAAUUACAUUCGAGUAUUACAUUUUACCAAGGGAUUGUCAAAAUUCUUGGCUUUUUCAAGCAGUUUUGUCAUGCCUCUACUUUACAGAUACAUCAACAAAAACUUUCCAAACAAAUUGCGACGGCUGCUUAAAAAACUGCACUGUGGAAAUCAAGGAUGCUCUCAUGAACGCACAGUUGUUCAGCAAGUUAUAACGUAGGUAUGAAUGAAUAUUGAUGGGCCAGUACCUAGUUUGCAGAAGUUUAUUCUCCAAGAUUCUCUCUUGUGCAGACCAUCUAACAAAGACGCUAUGAAACUGGGAUUACACUAUAAAUCAGCAGCUCACCAUUUUAAUCUAUACAGGUAAUGAAGAUAGUUUGAAAAUUCUGUUCUGAAUCUAUCUACAGGUUGUCCUUUAAAUUCUGAGAUUUUCAGUGCACUGAUUCAUUUACACAAUAUAAGCUGUGUUCUAAUAAUUCUGUCGAGAGAAAAUCAUUAGAGGGCCAUCUAAAGCUUUGACUGAACACCUAGCACUUUGUAUACUUGUAGAGCUAAAAUAUGCAUUUUAUGUUCCAUAUGAAACAUGAUUUUUAAUUUUACAAAGUAGUUUUAUUCAAGGUGAGGACAGCACCUGAAUUUUCAGUUACGAUAAUAUCAGCUAAUGAUCAUACUGGUUCAAUUGUAUAACACUCUAAACAAUGAAGUAUCAAGGAUAAAAUAUUUUAGUAUUUAAUUUUACUUUCUCACUAAUUUUGCAAAAUCUUGUUUUAAAAGGAACUUUUAUUUGCAAUUCUAAAACAGUUUAUUUGCAGACAUAUUUGUUUUAAUGUAUCUUUGAUUAUUCAUAUUUUUCUACAUUUAACAAAAAUGCAUUAAUCUGUUUUCCUUACUUUGCAUGACAAAAACAUUUCAAUCAGUCAAAAGUAGCCACAUUCAGAAAAAGUAAGAAGAAGAGAAACAUUGCUUUACCUGGUAUAAUGAAGGACAAAUUUAGGAUGAAAAUUUAAAAUCACGUGGGGUGAAAAGAGUGUCUAAUUGCUAUGGUCCACAAAUAUUCAUGCAAACACACUAUAUAAUUUUAAGGAAUGAAUAAAUGUCCUUCUGCUGAGCAUUUUUAACGUAUUACUUCUGUAAUGGGAAAGAAGCAACAAGGUUUACAAAAAUGCAAGUUUUUUAUCUCUUAGGUAUUCAUUGACAGAAAAAAGGAAGAACGGCAACAAAUUGGCCAUUUCUUACUCGCUUAUGCCACAGAAUAAUAAUUUGCUGUGAAUAUGCAGCCUCUGAAAUGGAUUGGGAGCAGGAUUCUAGCCCUAGAUUUUUGUGCUAAUCUGGCCCGGUUUUUCUGCCUCCCUGUAUGACACUACUCUUCCAUCCUUCUAUAUGACAAGUCAAUAAAAACAGCAGGCUAAGGCUAGGAUCCAGAGGGCCACAUAAGGUGUCCUGUACACACAUUCAGCUUUUUUAUUCCCACUACAGCUCCAACUGCCCCCAGAAAAGGCAUAGUGGACAGUCAGGAGACCCUCCAAAGCACCACUCCAUGCAGCAUGAGGGGUUGCAGAUGGAAGGGGAAAAUUGGAAACCUAUCUCUGGGGUAUGUAGAAGCACCUCAGGCAUAUGUAUGGAGCAAACUACAGAAAAUGGCUGUCUUUUGCCUAAAGAAAAAUGUUUGGUUUUUCCUUUACAAACACAGAGUAUCCUAUAAAUGGUAAAUUCAGAAACUAAAAAUGACUAAUCACGCACAUAAAUAUUUAUGUUUGUUUCUUCACUUUAAUACAUAAUAUAAAUAAUUUCAUCCUGUUGCAGUUUGUUCACAUAAAGGGCUAUCCAGCAGGAUCACAUUAAUGUGUGUUAAGGGUAUACUGUGUUUUCAAACCACCUAUACCAUCACAAUAUUUUUCCUAAUUCUCUUCAGAUCUCUUCAGAUUACUCUGAACCUUUCACAUGUUCAGACUCUAAGUGACUUGUCUUUCAGUAUUUCAUAUUCAGAGUUUAAAUUCCAUUGCAUCUCCAUUGUUUAAGCAUGUUUUAACACCAAAAUAUUAUUAUUAGUACCAGACAGAGGAGGUUUCCACUGGUUAUUUUCUUCUUCACUAGCAGUUUCAUUCAAUGAUUUAAAAAAUGCAAAAGGAACAAAGGUUUCUGCUCCUUAAAACUCUUCAGCACACUUUCUCUCUCCAAUUUCUUUCAACCAUUACGAAAAGGUCUGCUCAAAACAGAUUUUCAGAACUAUUUCUCCUAGCUCCAGCUUAAUUGACUGAUGAUUCACUAGUGUCAUAUGCUUUACAAAGCUAAAAUCAAUGUAACUUUAAAAAUGAAUAUGACAUUUGAUUAUGGCACAAUAUUUUGCUUUUAACUGCCCUCCCUAGAAUGCAACAUUUAUGCUAAUACUUAGUCAUAUAGUUGGUUUCUCUACCAGGGACUUGAACCGGAGAUACAUGGCCCCAAACUGGAAUUUAGCCUAGUGAGCUACCUGUAAGACUAUGAAGGGCUCUCUUCUGGUCCCUAUGAUUUGCAUUCAAUAAAAAGUCUCUGGACUGGUCAGGCCUGGUAUAAAUUCUUGGUUUUGCCUGGACUAAUAAAUCAAAUAAAUAGACAACCAAACUCUAUUUUCUGCCUGCUGCAAUUCAGACUCCAGUUCAAGCCCCUAGUUCCAGUCAUGGAAAGCAGAGACCCUGGGUUACAAGUGCACCAAUUCCACAUCAGAUUAGGAUAUUUAGCCCUAGUCUGGUCCCAAUACACACUAGUAAAACAGCUUAACAUAGCAUCUUGCUUUCACUGCAUAAAUGAGUGAGCAAGAUGUCUAGAGGGAUUGCUUUCUUCUUCUCUUGCUGCCCACACAAUACCAUCUACUAAAGUAACAUUGGAAUGGGCUUCUAGGACAGUGGGUGUUAGAAAUGAACUCACAAAAAUAUGGGAUAUUUCACAAUUCUUUCUUUAGGUAUAUAUAUAUAAACAAAAUCAGAUUCAUUUAGGUUGUACUCAGCUUUUCUUUGCAAAUACAAGUUGUAAAAAUUGCUUAACAGAACAAGUCUGAAAUGGCAUGACUUAAGGAGCUGAUGCUCUGAUCUGCAAUAUCUACUUGGUGUUUCAGUCCUGCAUAGACAUUAUGCAAAUCACAAUGGCCUUUUCUGUUUUAAGUGCUAUAGCUGCUUACAAGACCAUAACCUUUGUAUUGUCCUAUCUGUUCCUAUCGUGGAGACUUUCUCUCAACGGGAAAAUGUUUAACCUAAUAUGUCUGUUCUGUGAAUGUUGCCAGGUGUGUUCUAAAAACAUAAGGAAUCCAAGCAUAGUGAAAGUGAACUGGCACAGGAAUAAUCUCCUUUUUAAAUUCCACAAAGCUUCUUAAAUUUGCAGAAGACAGAAUCUCAUUAAUUUCUUUCACCACUCACAGAAUCCCUUGCUUCAGAAAACCCACAUUUAUCCAUAAAUAUGUGCCAGAUGUAAUGUGUUAUGCAGUUUUGAUUUUCCUGUUUCUUUUUAUUUUUCUGUUCUCUCACACUUAAAAUAUCAUAGUGCCAUUCUAAUCAUGUUUAUUCAAAAGUUGGUCCCAUUGUGCUUAAUGGACUUUUUUCAACAAUAGCUUAGGACUUGAUCGUUUCCACCCUGCUCAUUGGAUAUCUGCUUCUAGACACAAGUGCUAAUUCCAACAUCAGCCCCUGUGAUUUGCAGACAGUAUGAAGCCCCUGGAUUGAUCAGGCCUCAUAUAAAUAUCAAUGACCUGACCUUCAACCUUUGCCUAGUCAACAGGGUCUCCUGCUUCUUGCACUUCAGGCCUGUUUUUUUUACUUGGAAAUAAGUUCAAAUUUAAUUGAGUUACUUUUCAGUGCAAUGUUCUACAAGAAAUGCAGGGCUUGAAAAGUGAAAACUGCAGUAUUCUAGAAUCAUUUAAAGGUUCAAACAAUUUUUUUGCAACCAACUGUAGAGGUCACUAAUAUUAAGACUGUUCUAUAUUUUGAGCCAAUUUUGUUCAAAAUGUUUGGAUAUUUUCAUUUGUAAUGUGAUCAUUUUCCAGUUCUGUUCUUUCCACUUAAACCGAUUUGAGAUUUUUGGAGACUGUACAUGUGUGUAUGCGUGCGCGCAUGCGCAUAUACAUCCAAGUACCUGAUCUUUUAGCUGCUUUCCAUAUAAUGUACUACAAAACUACCCUGUGCUAUUUUUACCUCUUAAAUGCCAAACAGGAAUUACUUUGCAUCAGGUGUGAUUUUCAGAAAACUAUUCAUGUAAAUAACUAAAUAGAGACAACAGGUGUGCAACCUUUAUACCAAUUAAAAUUUUGAGUCUAAGUGGAAAUAUCAAGCAGUGAAGAUAAAGAAUUUUAAAGAAAAAAAACUGAAUUAUGUUCUCAAAACACAGCAACUUAGUAGUUAGCAAACACGAGGCCUUUCCAUUUCAAUGCCUGAAGGUUUCUGGUUACUUUGUAAAUAUGAGCCAAACUGUUUAACAUUACAAUGAAUAUUACUGUAUAUAUGCAAAGAGAAGCAGUCUACUGAUGUAAAAAGAACAGUUUAAAGAAUUUAUUAAAUUAUUUCCUAAGAUAUAGAUUUAUUACCAUUAAAAACAAACUUCUCUAGUUCAAAGAGUACUGUAUAUGAUUUAUGUGUACAGAAAGUCAGCACAAGAGUGUCAUUAUUAACAGUAUUAUUUUCUCAGAAUAAAUAUUAGUAUUUUUGAAAAUGAUUUAUGAUGUGUAUAUCUCCUCUAAAUGUGGGAGACA